AUGACUGAGAACAUUCACUUUCCAUUAUCUUCUGCAGACUAUAAUGAGUUGCAUUCCUCGGGCUCACAGAUCGCUAUGUUAGCCUGUAACAAUGGAAGUGAGCAGCUCAGUGAGCCUUCAGAGCCUGCCAGUGAGAAAGCCAGCCCCUUGGAUAAUGCUGAGCCUUCCCAAAGAGAGGACGGUGAGAGUCUGCCCAGUGACGGCAUGGGCCAAGGGGACGAACAUCUGGAAACAGCCCUCGCCACGUGGAAGCCGGAUGAAAGACAGAGGGAGUGGGGACAGGAGGAGUGUGCACUGAGUGAGAGUGGCAGAGAUGAUGGGCCAGCGCUGAUGAAUGGCAUGCACGCAGUGCUCGCUACUGGGAAGGAGAAAACACAGCUGCAGGACAGCAGUGUGCCAAGUCAGAGCAGCGUGGAUUCAGAGGAUAUCUCCCUUACCCAGGAGACAUAUAGUGAGGCCCUCAGCAAGGUGUGCUUGCACACAUUCCUGGGCUCUUCAGAAGCGCUAAGUACUGAUGACACAGAGGAACAGCUUGGGUUUGCUGCUGGAGAUGCCAAAUUGAGCUGCACUGAGGAUGACAAGGAACAGUUCCAAUUUAAAGAUAUCAGGGAUGGGUUCAGCUCAACCUUUGAGAAGAUUGUUGAGUCUGACCUUAUGAAGGGCACGUACUACAGCAGCUUGGACUCUCUGGAUGUGCUCUCUCUCACGGAUGAGACAGACAGCUGUGUCAGUUUUGAGGCACCACUCACCCCGUUGAUCCAACAAAGGGUCAAGGAAAGCCCAGAGCUCUUAGAGCAGAAAUUGAUGGCCCAGCAGAGAGAAGCUGCUCUGCACACGGCUGCAGAUAAACAAGAGCAGGCAGCAGCAAAGCCAAUGGAGGGGGGUUUGGGGAGCCCCCUGAGGCACUCGAUUACUAGCAGCAAGUCAGAGAAUGUGCUGAGCCGUUUGUCCUUGAAAAACAUCCCAAAUGGAUUCCAUGUGGAAGGGUCAGAGGAAGACAACAGCAAGAUCAUUAACUCCAUCAGUGAUGCCAGCUUGAAAGAUGCCCUUUCAGAUUCGGACUCUGACAUGGGCAGCACAGAGCAACUUGACCAUGGCAGCACAGACACUUUAGCAAAUGGCUGCAGGGCAGAUAGUGAGGCUGCAAAGAGGCUGGCCAAGCGCCUCUACAACCUCGAAGGAUUCAAACGUUGCGAUGUGGCACGCCAGCUUGGAAAAAAUAACGAAUUUAGCAAGUUGGUAGCAGAGGAGUAUCUCAGCUUCUUUGACUUCACUGGCCUGACCCUUGACAAAGCACUCAGGACGUUCUUGAAAGCAUUCCCACUGAUGGGAGAGACACAGGAGAGAGAACGGGUGCUGAUUCAUUUCUCCCGGAGGUACUGCCAGUGCAACCCAGAGGAGAGCACUUCUGAAGAUGGGAUUCACACGCUUACUUGUGCCCUGAUGCUGCUAAACACAGAUCUUCAUGGCCAUGUAAAUAUUGGCAAAAAGAUGUCAUGUCAACAGUUCAUUGCAAACUUGGAUGGGCUGAACGAUGGGAAGGACUUUGCAAAGGAUUUGCUGAAGACACUGUAUAACUCCAUCAAGAAUGAGAAGCUGGAGUGGGCUAUUGAUGAGGACGAGUUGAGGAAAUCACUCUCGGAGCUGGUAGACGACAAAUUUGGAGCCAGUGCAAAGAAAGUGACAAGGAUUGUUGACAGCAGCAACCCCUUCCUGGACAUCCCCCAAGCACUGAAUGCAGUCACCUACAAGCACGGUGUCCUCACGCGCAAAACUCAUGCAGACAUGGACGGGAAGAGAACUCCCCGAGGAAGAAGAGGUUGGAAGAAAUUUUAUGCUGUACUUAAAGGGACCAUCCUUUAUUUACAAAAGGAUGAAUAUAAACCUGACAAAGACCUCUCUGAAGUGGAUCUAAAGAAUGCUAUUCGUGUUCACCACGCCUUAGCCACGAAAGCCUCUGACUACAGCAAAAAAUCGAAUGUGCUGAAGCUGAAGACAGCUGACUGGAGAGUGUUUCUAUUCCAGGCCCCAAGUAAGGAAGAAAUGCUCUCCUGGAUCCUACGAAUCAACCUCGUUGCUGCCAUUUUCUCUGCCCCGGCCUUCCCAGCUGCAAUCUGCUCCAUGAAGAAGUUCUGCCGCCCACUCCUUCCUUCAUCCAUGACAAAACUGUGCCAGGAGGAACAGCUAAGAUCCCAUGAAAAUAAAAUGAAGCAGAUUGCAGAUGAAUUAGCAGAGCAUAAAUUACAUCCUGUAGAAAAGAGCCUCAAGUCAAAAGAGGCUGAGGAGUAUAGGCUGAAAGAGCAUUACCUAAUAUUUGAGAAGAGCCGCUAUGAGACAUACAUCAACCUGCUGUGCAUGAAGAUAAAAGUUGGGACAGAUGACCUGGAGAAAAUUGAAACCAACUUCUUCAAAGUGGAAGCUGAUGAUAUUGCUUUGCGGAAGACACAUUCAAGCCCUUCAUUGAGUCAAGGGCAUAUGUCCAUCAGUUGCAAGGCAGAGAAGGACAUUAUAGAGCAGAACACUUAACAAGGAACGCACACAGAAGAGUGAAUGAACCAGCAAUGCUUUGCGCUCCUGGACUAGAUCGAUGAGCACAAUUUUACCUAGGAAUUUAUAUGAACAAAGCUGUAGACAUACAUGACACAGUGACUGCUCUAGUGAAAGAAGUCAAAGAAGCUUUAGUUGACACUCCUUGGCAACGUUCUGGCAUUUCAGCAUCAUAGACGCUCCACCUUUUCUUCAUCCUUAACAGCACCUGUGGCUUUUCUUUCCCUCCUACUGCUAGCUGCACAAUAAAGGGAUAUGAUUAUUCUCCAAAGGCCAGGUUGCUCUUUUCUCCAGUAGCCCUUUCUUUCUCAGUCCUUCCCUCCUUCCUUCUCUCCUUGGAGUCUCUACUGGUUCACAUCGGCAGUUUCUGGCAAUGCAGGAAACUCAACCAAUUCUCAUGUUCAAAGGUUCAGCCCUCACCUCUCUGGUGAGAAAACAGGGUCUGUGGCACCACAAACACUCUCCAAGAAGGGCACAGAGCAGCAGAGCAUGUCCUUGCCGUGAGAAGAGCACCGUUUGACACAUGGCAAUAGGACAGAUUCCAUGAGCUAGUCACUAAUUGAGUGAGAGGCGUCUUCAGCAUGGGCACACAAGAACGUGAUCUGCCCACGGCAGUGGAGGCCUGAGGUGCCCUCUAUCGCCUUUUCCUUUUUUUUAUAUAUAUAUAUACACACACAUAUAAAUAUAUAUAAAUAGAUAUAGAUAUAUAAGGAAACUUUAACGUGGGUUUUAAACCUCAAUGUGCAAGCAACGGUAAACUUCCUGGGGAAGAUAUUAGGGACCAUGGAGGGUCUGACCAGCCUAUUAGGAUAUUUUCAAAAAUGCAGUAGCCUACCUACCUUUCUUUCUUUCUUUCUUCUUUUUUUUUUUUUUUUGUACCCAAAAGGAAAUCCCGUCUGGCUUUGCUAUGAAACAUUGCUCUCCUGUUCCUGCUGAAUCAGACAAACUGACCAUCUUGCUGCUUAUUUAGGAUCCAUGACUUCUGCCACUUUGGGUUCGAUGCACAAUUGGAGACAUGCUUCAGAUUCAACCUUUCCUAUGUGUGCAGGAGUGAUUCUAACUGUCCAUCAAUGUUGUACUUCCUCCUUUUUGCAAUUCACUCUUUUAAAUGGGGAAUUGUGUUUCUGUUCCUUUCUGUUGUCUGUGAUCCAAUGAUUUACUGUUGUACUAGAAAUGAUUCUACUACAUUUCAAUGCCAUGACUGUCCUUCUGCACUUUAUUAUUUAUUUCACUAUUUGGUUUGGUUCUUUAUCUUGGGUUGCUUUUCUUUCUCCUAGGUACAUUCACAGUAAUCAAGUUCCAGUUUUAAGGGAUCUUGUAGCUGCUAAUUACGCUGUCAUUUGCUGUUUAUAUUUUUGCAGCAUUUUUUAAACAAACAAAAAAAAUUUUCUUUGGACUGUAAACAUUUGAGAGCCUAUAGACUACUGUUUUCCAUGAUGGUUCAUGCCACUAAAAACCUUCACCCAACUUUGCCACCUCUUCUUUUGAUCUCUC